GCUGUGGCCUCAGGAAGGGGUCCUCUUCUCCCCCCAUGCCUGCUAGCUUUUCAGGAUCCAGGCCCCCUCCCGAUCCUUCCACUCAGCUCUACGUCUGGGCUGGGGACAGACCUGAGCUGUGGGAUCCCUUCAUUCCAUGUAUUGAUCAGAACCAAACGCAGGAUACUAUGGAACUGACAGUGGCCCCGGGAUCCCCGCUCUGGCUGUCCUGCGAACACCCCCCAAACUCCUUGACCUCUUGGGUUCAUUGGCGUCCUGGGAGAAAUGCCUCCCUCCUGAGCUUGGAGCUGGGAAGGGGCCUCCCGGCUCGGGAGUUCUGGGUUCUGGGCACUCGAGGAGAAGGUGCCCUGCUCAUUCUGCCCGAGGCUGUCCCCCAGGAUGCCGGCUCCUACAGCUGUCGAAGCGGCAACCUCACUAUCAGCAUCGAGCUGAAAGUCAUCCCUCGGUCAGUGUGGCACUGGCUUUUGGGAAGGGAAGGCUGGAAGGUUCCAGUUAUUGCUCUGACUUAUGUAUCCUUCUGUCUGGGCACCCUGGUUGGGUUCCUCCAAGUUCAGAAAGCCCUGCUCUUACGGAGAAAAAGGAAGCGGAUGACCGAUCGUACUGGGAGGUUCUUCAAAGUGACCUCUCCAGGAAAUGAAGGCCAGAGUCAGUAUGGGAAUGUGCUACCCAUGUCUGGGAUGGCAACCCCUGGGAAUGUUCGGACCCUGAAAUGGACCCCUGGUUUUGGAGGAGCCACUUCAUCCCUUGGGAACCCAUACCAAAGGGACAAGGACACAGGAAUCACUGGGCUCAGGAAUCCAGGGCAGGAGGAUCCAGAAGAGGAAGAAGGGGAAGGGUAUGAGGAGCCAGAUGGUGAAGGGGCUUCUGUGGCCUAUGAAAAUAGCCAGGACCAGAUCUCCCAAGAUGGCUGGGGCUAUGAGAAUGAGGAGGAAGGAAGGAUGGCUGCUGAAGAAAUGGAGGACGAUGAUUCCUUCUCCACUGCUGAGUCUUAUGAAAAUGAGAACAGGGAAAUGGUUCCACCUGUCUACACAACAACAGGCUUCCUGUUCCCCAAAGGACCUGUCUGGGACACCUGCCGGGAGGCUUCUUCCCUUGGGUCUCAGUCAUACGAGGACAUGAGAGGGAUCCUCUAUGCCGCCCCUCAGAUCCGGAACCUCCAUCCCCAGCCUGGUCCAAGUCAGGAGGAAGAUGGUGACUCCUAUGAGAAUAUGGAGAAUCCAGAAGAGGCUGGUCCAGGAUGGGAGGCAGGGGGUUGGGCCCCAACCUGGAACAACAGGUCAUAGAGACACGACUCCAAUUUAGCGUUCUUUUGAUGCUUAGGGCUCCCUGUCUGGGGUGACUAAGAUCUAAUCGUGUUCAGAAUGUGUGUAUAUGUGUAUGAGUAUGUGCCCAUUAUCCCUUUUCUUCCUCAAUAAAAUCCUGAA